CACACCAACCCACCCCCACACGGCGCAUCCAGCCCAUCCCAUCCCGAUCUGAUCAACCACCUCUCCGCUACUCUACCCGCUACACGCACCAUCCACUCCACUACCGCCACAGGCUACAGCAUCAACAGCGACAUCUCUAACGCUACCACAAGGACGCGUCUGCUCUCUUAUCAUUGGCCCUCGUGUCCCGUCGCGAUACAGAUCAUGGCAGACCAUGAAGCUUCUAGUGGUAGUCGCCGAGGCCGUACUGGAACUCUGAUCCCCCUGGCAGAACCCCCCGUCGCGCCAGACGAGGAACACCUGAACAUCCCUUCCCAGAGGCGCCGAGACCUUCUGGUUGAACUCGGGCGAGCUCUGGGCACGAACGAGGUCCCGCUCUCUUUCUGGGCCUGUCUGCAAGUAUGUGACAUCGAGAGGCUCGAAUACAUCGUUCGCAAUGCCAAAGAUUCACCUUUGUUCGUUUCUUGCUUCAGCUACACUUGCCAUUCGAUGAUACGGGCAUGGGUGCAGCGCCCUGAGUGGGACCGGCGGGAGGCUGCUUCUACUACUACGUCAUCUCCCUCCAGAGCCUCCGACGACCAAGGAACUCCUUCCAAGCGACGCCGUGUUCGUGAAAGCGCUCCGAAGAACCUCGCUCGUGAACGCGAUCAUGGGUCGUGUGUUCUUACCGGACUUGGGCCGAGCGAGGUCGCGCACAUUUACCCGAACUGUUUGAUACAUCCCUCCGUGACGUCCAGGAGCGAUCCAGGGUUUUGGAGGUUGUUGUCCGCAUUCUGGCCCCCUGAGAAAAUUGAAGCUUGGCAGUCGAAGAUUUUCCGCGAUCCCGUUGAUCCCUCCAAACCACUAGAUGCCUGUUUCAAUCUCAUAACCCUCUUGUCGACAUUGCAUAAAAUGUGGGGAAAAGGAUUAUUUGCUCUUCGUCCCCUGGAUUAUAACGCAGACAUGACCGAACUUGAAGUGGAAUUCUAUUGGCAGCCCCACCAGGAUCAUAAGCCCGCCGACCUCGUGCCCCUCACCAAAAUUCCUCUGUCUUCACGUGAUCUCGACUUCGUUGUCGCCGAUGGCAUCCGUUACGAACACACCCCCCGAGACGGCGCCAGUUAUAAAUCGGGCCAGAAGUUUGUCUUGAGGACAGAGGAUCCCGAACGCCUUCCUCUACCCAGCAAGGAAUUGCUAGAUCUCCAGUGGAAUUUGAAUCGAAUUGUGGCCAUGGCGGCUGCCGGAGAAAAAGACGACGAGGAAGAAUUUAGCGAGGAUGAUGAUGACGGUGAUCUCAAAAGAUGGAUUGAGUCCUCCGUUCCUCAGCCGAGUUUCGCACCCCACCCAGCUUCCGCGCCUCCUCCAGGCUCACCUUCUGCCCCAUCGUCUCCUACAGAUGGGUCCGGAAGCGAGCAUGACAUUUCUUUCAGCACGACAUCGACCGGUCCCUCCCCUGUCAAGACACGUGAGGCUGCCAUCGAAUCUCAAUAUGAGGAAUCUUCGCCUUUGGUCUUACAGUAAAUUGUCUGGCUAUUUCGUGACGAAUGGUGGGGAGGUCUGGUUUGGUCAGCUGAUAUAUGUGCUGAAUU